AUGGCGGUCCAGUUCUACAAACGAUACAUUCCACCAACGACAAAUGGGGCAGCUAGUAUACUAGCAGAGCGCCCUACCAAGAAACGUAUAUUAGACGGCUCAGGCAAGACCACGACGACCAGUGAUGCUACCGCAAGAGAACGUGAGAGUGGACCCUCAGGGCGUGACAUUUCAGCCAGUCACGACGUAGACAAUGCAAUUAAUAGUCAUGUAGACUCAGACAUCCAAAACAUAACAGAGAGCAUAAAGAACGAAUCCACUAAGCGGAAAUCGAAGAAGGUAAAACAAGGCCAGAGUGAGGUGGCCAGCCCAACGUUGGCAAACAGGACGGAAGAGCCCCCGAGAAAGCGUCACAAAAAACUAAAAAGGCAGACAAAAGAGGCUGACGCUAACAUCGCGUCCAAGCAAAAUGUUGACAACGAAGCUAGCUCAACCAAGAGAAAGUCUAAGAAACGAACCCAGGAUCCCGGCGCUGACAAGAUCCACGACAUGGAGAUUGCUGAUGAUGAAGAAGAGUCAACACAGAAGCACAGGUCUGUUCUAAAGAGAUACGCAGCUGCAACGCAAGGAUCAAAUACAGCUGCCCAGAAUGACUCAGUAGGACUAGAAAACAAUGUCUCUCCUCCACACGACAACCCCCCUGUGACUCAUGGGCUAGAACCUCUGCCUCAGCCUGACCCUAUUGAUGAUGGGCCCAAGGCAUCUGUGGCUGCUGCACUUCCUCAUUGGAUCCGCGAGCCAACGAAAGUCUCAACGGCUGAAACCACGCGCUUCAAGGAUCUACCAGUACCCAUGGAUAUGAGCGAAAUGCUCACCGCUAAAGGUUUUGAUCAUGCAUUAGCUAUACAGUCUAUAGUCAUUCCUAUGCUUCUGCCCAGUGCCAGUCACCACUCCGGCGACCUCUGCGUAUCUGCUGCAACGGGAUCUGGGAAGACGCUGGCUUAUGCCUUACCAAUGGUAGAAGCCUUAAAACACAGACCUGUUCAUCGACUGCGUGGUCUUGUUGUUGUACCUACGCGUGAACUAGUUACCCAAGCCGAGGAGACAAUUAAGAUGUGUGCUGUGAACUCCGACCUGAAGAUAGCUACUGCCGUAGGCUCUACGUCUUUGUCUGAGGAGCAAGCUACGCUGGUGACCAAAGUUCUACGAUACGAUCCUAGUGAAUACGAAGUACGCCAGGAUGCGCAUACCGAUGAGGAGGAGGAAUUGAUGAACUGGGAUAUGGACCGUAUCAAGCAGCCCAGUGAUGAAGAAGAGUGCCUUCCAAACCACGUCAUCGAUUUUCACGCCAAGGUCGACAUCCUCGUUUGCACUCCUGGGAGACUUGUGGAGCAUAUCAAGCACACCAAGGGCUUCUCUUUGCUAGACGUAAAAUGGCUCAUCAUCGAUGAAGCUGAUCGGCUCCUUGACGAAAGCUUUCAGGAAUGGGUAGAGAUCGUUAUGCCAGAGCUCGAAAAGAUGCCGCAGCAAACCCCUUUAGAACACGAAAUGGAACUGCAUUUGGCAUUCGUCAGGAAAAGAGAGCUGCGCAAGGUAGUAUUGAGCGCGACGAUGACAAAAGACGUAAGCAAACUGGGAUCUUUGAACUUGAACAGGCCCAAGUUAGUCGUCCUGGAAGGUGCGCAGGAUAAUUCGAAAUCGAAAGGCGGAGCGGAAAACCAGGUUUACGAAAAGUUCGAUCUGCCCGAGGCAUUGGUAGAGGCAGCAAUUCCCAUCAAAGAGGCUAGUGACAAACCUUUGUAUCUGUUACAGGUCCUAGCAAGGGCCAGUGAGAGCAAGGUAGACCAUUUCUCUACGAUUUCAGAGGGCAACGCGCCUAAUGCCACUAAAUCAUCAACACAUGGAACCCUCAUCUUCACGAACGAUAAUGAAAGCGCUUCCCGCCUUGCACAUCUCCUGGAUCUGAUGCACCCAUCUCAAUCGAGCAAUGUCGGCACUCUCACCAAGUCCUCUUCAUCUGCCUCGGGGAAGAAGACUCUCAAAGACUUGCGAGACCGCAAGUUGUCCACUAUCAUCGCUUCUGACCGCGCUUCCCGUGGCCUCGACAUACAAAACCUUGCGCGCGUGAUCAACUACGAUAUGCCGAAAAGUUUGACGAGUUAUGUUCAUCGUAUUGGCAGAACAGCAAGGGCAGGUAGAAUUGGCCAUGCGACAACGCUCGUGGAAUCCCACCAAGCCGGGUGGUUCUGGCACGAGAUAGCACGAUCUCAUGCUUUGGUCAGGGCUAAGGACAAGAAGGUGCAGAGGUGGAAUCUUGAACUGAAUGUGGAACAGGAUGAGAGGAAGAGGUACGAGAGAGCGGUAGAGGAAUUGGGCGAGGAGGCUAAAGGGGGGAAGAAAGACAAAAAAAGGGAAAAGGGGCGAUAA